CAUCAUAUCAAUCCCUGUCUGUCACUAAGUGAUUGUGACAACACCUUGUACAGUUGUUGGUGGCAUUAAAUCUGAUGGUAUAUAAGAGUAUUUUGUAAAAACUGUAAUGUACGAUGUGACUGUAGGCGCUUGCAGUUCUCAUGAGUAUUACUGCUCUUCUUUUCCAAAGUUGAGAGAAUAUCAGCAGAGGAACAGCCCUGAUGUUUGGCAGGAGUAAAGAGGAAGAAAAAGAAAAAAAAUGGCAGUAGCACUGAGACAACCACUUCUGGUAGUUGCCACUCACCUGGGGAUGUGAGUCUUGGCUGGCCAGGCUCCUGAGGGCAGGGGGCCCAAAGGGCAGUAGAGGGUAAUUGUUAAGAUUGUGGAAGAACUGUCGGGUACUGGUUAAGAAUUCUGGGUUCGAAUCCUACCUCUCCAUCUGCUAGGGAUAUGAUUUAGGGCAAAUUGCUUGAGUUCUCUUUGGGCCUCCUUUUUCACAUCUGUAAAACAGGGGUGAUGUUGUUUUACAUAUAUUUGUGAAGUUUAAAUGAGAUUUGUUAUCGCUGUUGUUUUUAUGUUAAUCCCUAGUACGGGGCCUACUGUAAACACCCAGGACACCCAGGAAAUGGUAGUUGCUGUUUGAUUUUCCUCAUCCCCAGUCUCAAGGGGGAAACCAGGCCAGUGAGAACAGUCAUUUGCCCAUCAGGCUGUCCCUUUAGGAGUUACUGAAAGGGCCCCAGCGUGUGGUGAGGAGAGCCCCAGGCACUAGGAUUAGGAGAAGAUCUAACUUUUGAGUUCAUCUUUGCCAUCAGCUUGCUGAGUGACCACAGAAAAAUCACUUCUUCCACUGGUCCUCAGUUUCCUCCUCUGUAAGAUGAUACUGGGUAAGAUCAGUGUCUUUCGUUUUUUAGCUGGAGCCCCCUUUGUUCAAGUGAACCCUUACUCAGAAGUCUGGUUUUUAAAAUAGAGGUGGAGGUCGUCUGGAGCUCUGCCAGAUUCAUCGCCCACGUCCUGGGCCUGAGGAGAGGGGUCCAGUGAGCGUAUUAAGAGCUGCACUGGUCAGGCGACCCCACUCUGUGUGACUGCAUCGCUUAGGGGACUUUCCCAUCUAUUUGUUCCUGCCCCUGGCAAGGCAGCAGGUGGCCAUUUUGUGGGAGGAGGUCAAAACCACAGGUCAUGGUUUUGACCUCCUCCACUCUUCUUCAGCAUUUCGUUUCCCUGAACCUAUAUCUUCCUCAUUUCCUGACUUUCUUGCCUCUCUCUAAGCGACUCUUUCUCCCCCUGCCCUUGUUUUUCCCUUUUCGCCUCCUGUAGAUUCAGGACUUUGUGAAGGUGCUGCGUUCCCCACAUUGGACAAAUGGAAGGUGAGAGAGUGCUGAGACUCCUCCAUGGCUUGCUCUCUCCAGCUGUGCAUGCCCUUAGGCUUCUCUCAUUUUGGGGGAUACUUUGCCUUUGGCUUAUUUUAUUUUGCUGCCUUAACCUUCAGCCUGUUUUUGUCCGCUUCUUCACUUGCUUGAUUGAUUGGGUUUUUUUCCUUCCCCCACAUCUUUUAUCAUUUUAGAGAAGGUGUGACAUACCUUAAAGUUUAAAAACAAUUUGAGAAUAACUUUCAGAGCAGGCAUGUGGGAUUUGGGACUUUUUUUUGUUUUGAGAUGGAGUCUUGCUCUGUCACCCAGGCUGGAAUGCAGUGGCACAAUGUCAGCUUGCUGCAAUCUCUGCCUCCCGGGUUCAAGCCAUUCUCUUGCCUCAGCCUCCUGAGUAGCUGGAAUUACAGGUGCCCAUCACCAUGCCCAGCUAGUUUUUGUACUUUUAGUAGAGACAGGGUUUCACCAUGUUGGCCAGGCUGGUCUCGAACCCCUAACCUCAAAUGAUCGGCCCUCCUUGGCCUCCCAAAGUGCUGGGAUUACAGGCAUGAGCCAUCAUGCCCGGCCUGAGAUUUGGGCUUUUGAGUGCCCAGUGUGAUACUCUCAGACUAGGAGGGAUGGAGAAAAAAACCCAACCAACUUUUAGGUUUUGCCCUAAAGGCAAUCAUUAGACCACAUAGAAGUUUGUGAUUUUUUAAAAUUAAUUCACUUUGGUUUAAGAGUAGAGAAUAUAGGGUUAAGAGAAAAUGAGUUCACAUUACAGUUGGAAGGAUUGAAUCUAUUUUUUUGGAGGAACUAACUGUGAAAGAUAUGAGGUUAACCAAACAGAUAAGUGACCGAAACAUUCUGCCCCUAAUCUCUUUAAAAUCAAACGGACACUUAGCCAUAUUCAUUGGGCUCUUGAUAGCAAAGACACUUUGCUAAAUAAACAAUGGAGAGAAUAGAUGAACAAGCUAGGCUGCACACUGAGUGAGGCAGACUCCUCUGAAGGAGGAAAGAGAGAAUUUUGGAAAAUUCCAAAUGCUCAGCUGAAGGGAAGGUUGGUUCCGAAUGGACUCGAGGCCGGAGGAAGUGGCAUUUGAGGCUGGCUUGAAGAUUUAAGGUGGGUAAACAUUCAUCCAUAAGGGGAGUGGGGGAGGCAGGGGGAGUGGUGAGGUCAUGGUCAUCAUUAUGAACUCACAGAGCACCUUUCAGGAGCACAGGGAGCCUGGUGGGGGGCAGGGCAUGGGGGUACACGGGGCUAGGAGAUGACUUCCUCUGGUUGUGAUUUGGCAUUUCCUUCAUAUCUAACUUGCCUGGGGGGCUCCUGACAAGCCAGAGGAGCAGGGCACAAAUGGCACCAGAUCCUGUUGAAGAUGGGCAUGGGGAGGGGGACUAAGACAGAGCACCCUUGGCUGCUGUUAGAGAGUUGUUCAGUCAUCACACCUGUUACCCCCGCAGUCGGUCAGGUCUGUCUAGGUGCUGUAACUCACCUUGCCAGCUCAGAGGAGAUACUGAGUGGUUCUGUGGGGAGCACAGGCCUAAGGGCAUCCUGCAGCUGUGUAUUUGGCUUUUUCUCUGCCAGUGGUCCAGUGGAUUAGGGGGUCUGGAGCCUGUUUUCUAAUGCUGUGAGAUUGUGUGCCCAGCCCAGGUCUCUCUGUUCUGGAAACAGAGGCCCAGAUCCACAUAUUUCCUUCUUGCUGUUUAGUUUUAGUGUUUGUUUUUGAGGCAAGAGUCUGGCUCUUUCUCCUGGAGUGCAGUGGCGGGAUAUCGGCUCACUGCAACCUCUGCCUCCUGGGUACAAGUGAUUGUCAUGCCUCAGGCCUUCCGAGUAGCUAGGAUUACAGGCACCCACCACUGUGCCCGGCUCAUUUUUUUGUAUUUUUAGUAGAGACGGGGUUUUGCUGUGUUGCCCAGGCUGGUCUGGAACUCCUGGCCCCAAGUGAUCCACCAGCCUCGGCCUCCCAAAGUGCUGGGAUUACAUGCAUGAGCCACUGCACCUGGCUCCUUGCUGCUUUUAUACCUUCUCCAUAUCCAUAACUGUUUCCCAUGUAAGUUUUUUUUUAAAUUUCUCAUUUUUAUUACCAUGUAAAUUUUCUUUCUUUCUUUCUUUCUUUUUUUUUUGAGAUGGAGUCUCGCUCUGUCACCCAGGCUGGAGUGCAGUGGUGUGAUCUUGGCUCACUGCAACCUCUGCCUCCCAGGUUCAUGCCAUUCUCCAGCCUCAGCCUCCCAAGUAGCUGGGACUACAGGCACCCGCCACCACACCCGGAUAAUUUUUUGUAUUUUUAGUGGAGACGGGGUUUCACUGUGUUAGCCAGGAUGGUCUCGAUCUCCUGAACUUGUGAUCAGCCCGCCUCGGCCUCCCAAAGUGCUGGGACUACAGGCGUGAACCACCGUGCCCAGCCAACCAUGUAAGUUUUCUACUCCAGGAGUGUAGGUCUGUGAUUGCAGUAUCCUAAGUAGAGCUGAUAACAUUUCCAGAAGUAGGGAAUAAUGGAGAGAGAAAAAAAUCUUAAUGGGAUGGGACCAUUUGAGGAGAGUAGGCUUUAUUUUUUUUAAACUCCAUUCUUAGCUACAAGACUUAAAAUUAUCUUCCGUUCUUCCAGCCUCUACAGCACUUGCUCUAAGGAGGGAAGCAGAUUUGGGUUUUCAGAGGCCAGGACCAAAGGGUCCAGUGAGCAGGCAGUCCUUUCCCUGGAGCGAGGUGUAGCCACUUCCUCCAAACCCAGCUUCCCUGUCCAGGCCCUGGCUCCCUGGUGGUUUUCUCUUGUCAAGCUUAGCUGGUCAGCCAGCUUUUUCCACUGUCUGCCCACCUGGCCUGUUGGAUAUUAGAAGAUCUCUAGAGCCAGAUGCUUGUGCCAAGAGUAAGGCCAGAGCCUGGAGACAGGCCGGGUGGGGCUCUGGUCAAGCAAGUAGGUCCAGUUCAGGGCAAGGGAGAGGCUCCAAAUGACUCCAAGUCCUGAAUCCUAGGAUGGUCCCCAGCUUCAAGGCCACCCUUGGUCACCUUCCUUUGACUCUCCCAAGGAAACAGCACAACCAAGAAAUUGUGGAUCAACUAGAAUCACACUAGUAAUGUAAUUUCUUUGCUCACAGCAUGACUGCUGGGUUUGGGGGGCACUCAGAUGUAGAGGUGCUAGUCUCGUCUUGCUGACCCCCAGCCUGGGAAGAAGGCUCACCCCCCAGGUUCCACCUCAUCCCCACAGGGUCCCUGAUAACCUGGUCCCAUGGGUGGGCCUGUCCUGGGGCAUUGGUGGAAUUCUGGGGGCAUGUCUUUGCUGUGCCAUCUCUGCCUCCCCCUAGUAAGAGCUGUGUCUUCCUCUUCCUAUAGGAAAAGCAAGAAAGCCAGCAAAACCAGGGAACCCUAAAGAGGCAGUUAGAGGUGAGUGGAGGGUGUGAAGUUCCCUCCUGUCCUCUGGAGAAUGUUGCUUUCCUUCUCUUUCAGCACUUGCUUGGCUUUUCUCCCAAAGGUUCAAAUUCAGAGAACCAACAAACUGAUGUCUGAGAAAGGAAAAUUAAAUACUGAACUGUAUCAUAUGCAACGUGCUGCCAGGCACUUUGAAGGUGGGAAUCUGGGCACCCUGUCAUCCUUCAACCUGGUGCUUUGAUAGGCCUUUAGGGGGAGUCCUUUGGGCCCCACCUCAACCUCUCUCAUUUCAGGAGAGUCCACGGAUCUGGCCAGCGGCCUGCAGUAUUCCCAGCAGUGUGUGGGAGAGCUGGAUUGGACUCUUUGCUGUCUCCAUGCAGCAGAAGAACAUGGACAGUAUGAGUCCUACCACCUGCCCCAUCCCUUGGCAGCCCAGCUUCCCAGGUGGAGGAGUGAGGGACCUUUAGGUCCCUUCUGCAGGAUGGAGUGUCCUGCCCAGAAAGCAGCAUGGGCCAUUUCUCAUUGUUUUUGUGUGUGGUUGUUAGAGGCAGCCUGCGGCUGAGUUGGCUGCUGUGGAUGAGUUGGGGGGCGCUGUGGGGAGCAAGCAGAGCUUGGACGUGGAGCACUGGAUGCAGAGCUUAGAGGCCAAGUGCCUACCCUGCCUUCACUUGGCUGUGGCCUUAGCCAAAUCUUAGGUGUGGGAUAUGGUACUUGCACUGUGAAAGUACAGAAGAGUAUCUUUAGUAUGUUACCAUUUGUGGAGAGAGAAGGACCGUGUGUGUGUGUGUGUGUGUGUGUGUGUGUGUGUUGUGUGUAAGUACUAUGACAAUAUACAUAAAACAUGCUUGAAAGUGGUCUCAGAGCCAGACUGGGUCUGGCUGCGUUUUCUUGAGGCCCAAAAAUGAGAAGCAAACUAGGAAAGAAGGGGAUUUAUUGCUGUAACUGGAUACAGAGAGAAGGCUGGAGAGAAUUCCACCAGACCAACUCGAAAUGUUACAGUAUUCUUAGCGUUUAUAUAGGUUGGGGUUAUGUGUCUAUGUACAGUAUAGCAUUCGCCUAAGUCUAUUGAUAACUAAUUUUGUUUCAACUAGAAGGUCAGAGGCAAAAAAUGCUUGCUAAGUCUGAUUAAGCUGUGAGGGCCCUGGUACCUUCAAGGUCUGUCUACUGUGGUACCUGAAUGAUUAUUUCUAUCUUACCUCUCUUACAGCUUGGUCUGGAGACUGCCUUAGACUCUCCGAUGAAUCUAUUCAAACAGCUGCCUCUGUUACCUUGACUCGUCUCAGAUUCCGUCGACCCGAGACAAGGAAUAUAAGACUGUCUCUAUUAUUUUGACUUGCUCCAGGUUAGGGAGAAGCCUAUGCAAGGGUCCUACUGACCAUAUGUUUCAUUUUUAGCUUUGAUACCUGGGCACGGAUUUCCCUAGGUUUAACUAUUUGCUCAAUGUUAAGGCAGCUCUGUGGAAAUUUGUUUGUAUAACUGGAGUGUGGUGCAGGGCUCUCUGUGUGACUGUCAUGAAGGCCUGUCUGUGUGACUAUCAGGGAGAAUUGGCCUGCCACAAAAGGAUUCAUACAAAACUCAGGAGAGAGAAACAGGGUGGCUGGGAGAUAUUUCACUUCUGUAACUUCUGAGUUUGGGACUAUGUGAAUUUAUCAUUCUUUCAAAAAGUGAACAAAAAAUUAAUUUCCUCCUUCCUUUCUGUGUCCCAACCCCCAGUGAAAAAAAGGGCUUAGAGAAUCAGAUAUACCUGGGUGUUCAAAUCUCGGCUCUGUCUGAGUGAUCUUAGGCAAGCAAUUAACCUCUAAUACCCCAUGUUUUUUAUCUACGCAAUAGAGGUAAAAAUAGUAACUGUCUCAUAUGGUGGUUGUGAGAAUUAAAUGGGAUUGCUAGCAUGGUGCCUGGUGAAGCGCUCAAAGCUUCAAACAGUGGUAGUAAUAAGGGUAAUAACAAUAGCAAUAUUCUCUGAUCUCUCUGGGCCUCUGGUAGCCAGCUAUAAAUUCGAUCUCUUUCCCCGUCGCUUCCACCCUUAUUGAGUUCUUUGAGAAACAAAUGAGACUAUAGGCUUGGAAAUGCCAUGAAAACAUGUCAGCUGUGAUUGAGAGUAAGGAAGUGUUGACUGGGGAAUAGUUAUUAUAGCUAUUGUUACUGGCCAGCCAGCUGCUCCUCUGACUGUUAUGUCCUGACUUAACCUUUCUGUAUUUGCAGUAUAACAAGGAGGUAACCAAAGACAGAGAUGCCCUCAGGCUGGAGUCGUACAAGAACAGGUAGGAUGGGGGAGGGUGGGAUGGGAGGUGUGGGGCCCUUAGCGUGGGUGAUGUGCUGGGAGGUAGGAGGGCUGCAGGUGAGCAUGGUGAGGUGAUCAUACAGGUUUGCAUGUGUGCACAGGCUACGCUUUAGGGCCGGCUGUGCCCCUGACUCAUGGUUUGGCCUCGGGGAACUCAUAUCUUCUCACUGGACUACCACCUGUGACUUUUGAUUCCUGAGGUGACUUCCAAUGCCAUGGUUCUGUGGUUGUGGGGUGAGGUGAGGAUAGAGGAGCAGUCCUUUCUGCUCUUCAUUGAUUCCACAGUAGUCCUUUCUGUUCUUUGUUCAUUCCUUUCUCUACUGCCUCUGGCCAUAGCCAAAACAAUGAGGACCGGAAGCAGAAGAACUCAGAACUAGAAGAGAAGCUUCAAGUCCUAGUGACCGAAGAUUUCGACUCAAUCUGAAGCAACUGCAAAGGAAGCUGGAGAGGGCUAAGAUCCUGCUUCAGGCAAGAGGCUGCAGCCCCAGGGGUGGUGGGAGUCCCAUCCAGCUGGGGACAUGGUCUAGGGAUCAUGCAGGUUAUGGGGAGGCUCCAGCCAAGAGCUGGAAAAUUUGGGUCCUUGUUCUGGUCCUGCCAUAGAAUCCUCUAGAGACUGCUAAAAAUCUACAAACUGGGCCCUGCCAUAGACCUGGGGAACCAGAAUCUCAGGGUUAGGGCUUAAAUUUGUUUUAAAUGCAUCAUGGAUGAAAACCAUUAUUAUAUAGAUUACACUUAUAAGACUAGCUCAUGAGUCUGUUUAUUUCCUUCUGAGGUUCAAGCCAACACUUCAACUAUUCCACGGUGAUAAUAGAUAGUAGAGUUUUUGUUUGUUUUUUUCUUGGGAUGGGGCCUCCCUCUAUCACUAGGGCUGGAGUGCAGUGGCAUGACCUCAGCUCACUGCAACCUCCACCUCCCAGGCUCAAGUGAUCCUCCUGCCUCAGCCUCUCAAGUAGCUGGGACUACAGGUGCAUGCCACCACUCCUGGGUAAUUUUUGUAUUUGUACAGAUGGGGCUUUGCCAUGUUGCCCAGGUUGGUCUUGAACUCCUGACCUCAAGCAAUCCACCCACCUCAGCCUCCCAAAGUGUUGUUAUUAUAGGCAUGAGCCACCAUCCUUGGCCUGAGAUCUUUUUAAAAAUUAUUUAAUAUUUUAUUUCUAAAGCAAAGCAACUUCACAGUAGAGAUCUUUAUUGACCAAGUUGUACAUUGAGCUCAGCUCUAGACCUUUUAAAGGGCACUGUGUGGAAUGGCCCAGGAUCCCCAGAUCUGAACUUCUCACUCUUUACCAUUCAAUUUGAUUCUAGGAAGUCAGCGCGAAACAGUCUUAGAUUCCCUGCCUCCAGACCUUAUUUUCCUGCCUCAUAGAGCUUUAUGUUACUGUCCUUUUGAGAGAAUCCAGAUUCAGACUUUCAGUUCUGUGGCUGUGGGCCAAAACCAACAAAGACCCAAAUCCUCUGUCCUUGGGAGCUUGAGGAGACUUUACCAGUUCAUGGUCCUAGUGGGUCUGAGAACUUUGCCUUUAAAAUCCACUCCUGGCCCCUGCCUACUGCUUCAUGGCCUGAGGAAUAGAGUGGAGGGGGCCACCCUUGGUCACCUUCCUUUGACUCUCUCCAAGAAACAGCACAACCAAAAAAUUGUGGAUCAACUGGAAGUAGUAAUGUGAUUUCUUUGCUCACGGCAUGACUGCUGGGUUUGGGGGGCACUCAGAUGUAGAGGUGCCAGUCUCAUCUUGCUGACUCCCAGCCUGGGGAAAAAGGCUCACCCCCGAGAUUCCACCUCAUCCCCACAGGGUCCCUGAUAACCUGGUCCCAUGGGUGGGCCUGUCCUGGGGCAUUGGUGGCAUUCUGGGGGCAUGUCCCUUGCUGUGCCAUCUCUGCCUCCCCCAGUAAGAGCUCUGUCUUCCUCUUCCUAUAGGAAAAGCAAGAAAGCCAGCAAAACCAGGGAGAGCCCUAAAGAGGCAGUUAGAGCAGAAGAACAUGGACAGUGUGAGUCCUACAGCCUCCCUCAUCCCCUGGCAGCCCAGCUUCCCAGAUGGAGGAGUUGAAGCUGGUUAUGAAGCCCUUGAUGCUAACCAGCAGUUACAGCAGGCCAUGGAGGAGCGGGCACAGCUGGAAGUACACCUGGGGCAGGUAAUGGAGUCACUGAAACAACUACAGAUGGAGAAAGAUCAACACGCUGAGAAUCUGAAAGGAGAGAGCGCCUUGUGGUGGCAGAGGAUGCGGGAGAUGUCAGAGCAGGUGCACACGUUGAGGGAGGAGACGGCGCAUAGCAUGAGUCGAGUACAGGAGCUGGAGAUGAGCUUGGCUGAACUAAGGAACCAGAUGGGUAAGCUGGGGCUGGGGUGACC